AUGUUUGCCCUCGCAGAGAUCGAAGAUACAAUCAGUGUCCACCCAUCAGCCUUCGGUCAGCCUUCGUUGACGAGCAUUUCAGGACAGAUCAACACCAAGUAUGCAAAUAAGAUCCUCGUCGAUGUCGGACUUUGCAUUUCGCUGUUCGACAUUCUCAGUUGUUCCGAAGGCAAAGUGCGUUUCGGAGAUGGUUGUCUCUAUCACCACGUCACAUUUCGACUUAUCGUCUUUCGUCCUUUCACGCAGGAGGUUCUCACAGGCAAGAUCAAGUCUUCCGAUGAAGCAGGUAUUCGUGUCAGCAUGGGAUUCUUUGAUGAUAUUUACAUUCCUUACCAUCUGAUCCCCAAGCCGUGCGCUUUCGACCACCAGGAGCGCGCGUGGUUUUGGCUGUACGAAGCAAGAACCGAGCAGAUUGCAGCUGAUCCGCUCUUAAGCCAGCCGGAGGAGAGGAUGUACCUCGACACAGCAGAAGCGGUCAGGUUCACGGUGGAAUCGGAUGCUUUCUGGGAUUCAGAACCAGGACCCGGCGCUGCAACACGAUCAGCAGACUCGGCAACACAAAACGCGCUCCAUCAAAAAGAGCAUACGACCAAAGAAACAAAGCCGCACUACAGCAUCACGGCCAGCAUUGCCGGUAGUGGAUUGGGUCUUGUCUCAUGGUGGACAGGUGCCGAGGCAGCAGCAGAUCAAGCCGACGAGUACAUCGAACAAAUUCAACUCGAGCACAUGACCGAACCGGCGAAUCCAUAG